AUGUGGCGGCUUAUAACAAUUACAUGCUGGAUGCUCCUUCUUAGGCCUACAUACACUUACCACAAGAAAAGAUUCAUCACAAAUCCUGAAGCUCACAUGAAUAUUAGCCAAAUUAUUUCCUACUGGGGUUAUCCUUCUGAAGAAUAUGACGUUGUCACAAGAGAUGGCUAUAUUCUUGGAGUUUACAGAAUUCCUCAUGGAAGAGGUUGUGCAGGAGAAACAGCUCCAAAACCUGUUGUGUAUUUGCAGCAUGGUUUAAUAGCAUCGGCCAUUAACUGGAUUUGCAACCUGCCUAGCAAGAGUCUGGCUUUCAUUUUGGCAGAUGCUGGCUAUGAUGUAUGGAUGGGAAACAGUCGGGGAAACACCUGGUCCAAAAAACACUUAAAUUUUUCAUCCACAUCACCAGAAUUCUGGGCCUUUAGUAUGGAUGAGAUGGCCAAAUAUGACCUUCCAGAUACAAUCAAUUUUAUUGUUGGAAAAACUGGUCAAGAGCAACUCUACUAUGUGGGCCACUCCCAAGGCACCACCAUCGCUUUCAUAGCCUUUUCUACAAAUCCAGAGCUGGCUAAAAGAAUUAAGAUAUUUUUUGCUAUGGCUCCAGUCACCACAGUGAAAUACACCCAAAGCCCUAUGAAAAGAUUAACAACUCUUUCCAGAAAACUGGUUAAGGUGCUGUUUGGUGAAAAGAUGUUCUCUCCUAAUACAUUCUUUGACCAAUUUCUUGCCACAAAGGUGUGCAGUCGCAAGAUAUUCCAGCGUAUUUGCAGCAAUUUCCUGUUUACUUUUAGUGGAUUUGAUGCCAAAAACUUAAAUAUGAGUCGCUUGGAUGUUUACUUGGCACAUAGUCCCGCGGGAACAUCCGUUCAGAACAUGCUGCACUGGGCCCAGGCUUUUAAGUCUGGUAAAUUCCAAGCUUUUGAUUGGGGAAAUUCUGAUCAAAACAUGAAGCACUUCCAACAGGCUACACCUCCCUUAUAUGAUAUUACUAAGAUGGACGUUCCGACUGCAGUGUGGAGUGGUGAUCAAGACCUGGUGGCUGAUCCCAAAGAUACUGCGAAUUUACUCCCUAAAAUUCCCAGGCUUAUUUAUUAUAAGUUGAUUCCCCACUACAACCAUGUGGAUUUUUACCUUGGAGAAGAUGCACCCCAGGAAAUUUACCAAGAUUUAAUCAGAUUGAUGAAAGAAUGCUCAUAA